AUGCCUUUGUAUAACUCCACGUCCUCGAGCUCUUGUGGCCUCUGUGUGCCAUGCAGGUUCAAAAACUGUAAUCCUUGGCUACCUGCGAAGAAGCUCCUGCACUGGAGCACUCUAAAGGCGGGAGCUCCAAACAUUAUCAAGUUGCCCAUCAUGGGCUUCAUCGAGUACAGGACAGGACGACUGAUGCCAGACCACAUCUUAGAGGUCCGGUGCCUACGGGUUGACGCACCCGAGUGGCGCUACGAGCUGGUUCACAGCUGGCCGAGCGGAAUCUCAAUCUUUGUUGGCGACCGCAGAGUUCUGGUGAAGAAGCCGGACGAUGAGCACUUCGAGGCUCCAGGGCCGUUCAACCUCACAGACUUUGUGACUCGGCGACCGCUGGAGGUCAACCAUCCGAUGCAGGUGAACGUUGCCAUCACCGCAAAGAAGACUGAGAUCUGGGCUGUUGGCUUUGUGCUGAGCCUCGGCGUCGUCCGGGACGAGGAGAUCAGCGAACAGGUUGUCCAGCAACAGCCACCGCACGAGGAUCGCAUGCAGCUGGAUCUUGAGCGCGUGCGAUUGUGGGUAAGCGAGCACCGUCCGGAUCGGGUGUCAAAGAAGGACACCCUGCGUUGCGUUGAGCCCCCCGUUCUGAAGCUCACAUGCUGCACUAGCCUCCUUCGCAUCGAACGAGCUGCACGAGGUUCCAGGUGUGAGCAUCUUCAAUGCUUCGACUUGAACUCGUACAUCCACACGAUGCGCAGCAUUCCACCAAAACAUGCAUGGUGCUGCCCAAUCUGUGAUCAACCUGCACCGCUGCACCAGCUUCGGCUCGAUGCCUUCGCGCAGUCUGUGGUGGAUAGCACGGCUGCCAAUGUCACGGAGGUGCUGGUGGCUGACAACGGAAAGUUUGAGGUUUCUGCAACAGAAGAUCUGAUGCAGGAUUCCUCAGACGAAGAGGCCAUCAAGGCAGAGCAGGCGGUGCAAGCAGCGGCCGCCGCUGGCAUCACGCCAUCUCGGCCAGCUCCUGUUCUGUCGCAGGCGGAGCUGCAGCAAGCUGCCCUGAAUUUGGGCCGUGCUUUCUCCGCUCCCAAAGCCUCUCCACCGCCAGCAGCUCCAGCUGAAGUGAAGCCCAAAGCGGAACCCAAAGCCAGGGAAAGAGAGAAACCCAGGAGCAGAAGUCCCAGAAGAGGCGGCCAGGAGUCGCCUCCUCAAGAUGAGCCCGUGGACAAGAUGAAAGCUUGGAAGGUUCUGCAAGGCCUUGAAAAGCCUCCCGAGAAGCCCAAAGAAGAGCGGCCGGAGCCGCUCAAAGAGGAGCCAAAGAAGGCAGAAGAAGCGAAGUGCAUCGGUUGGCUCCCCGACGGAGCGAUCUGCUCCUUGUGCUCCAAGACGGUGGUAGAAAAGGGUGGUGUGUACUGUGGUCGAAAACGCUCAUCUGGAGACUUCGCUGGAUGCUUCCAGGCUAUUUGCUGGAAGUGCAUGAACAAGCACAGGGACAAAAUUGGCAAGAUCAAGACCACCAAGUCCGAGUUUAGUUCGCUCGGUGUUGGUGCAUGGUGGAUGCACGAAAAGUGUAUGACACCAGAGGAUAAGAAGGAUUAUUUCGGUGAGGAUGAAGAGGAGGAAGCAGAGGAAGUUGCAAAGCCAAAACGACCCAGGAAGAAAUUCAAGGAUGAGGAAGGCUACCAGACCAUCGGGGAUUUGCGCUGUGAGGGCAAGGAGGUCGUCAGCGAGUUUGUCUCGGCGCUUGGCAUGCCGCGGGAAUCCGACAGUUGCGAGAACAUGGGGCCACUGCUUCAUAGCCUCGUCCGCUUUGUGAAGCCCCGCAGCUGCCUGGAGAUCGGAGCAGGCUACACGUCAGCCUUCCUACUUCAGGCACUGGAGGACAACUGCAAAGAAAUGCAUUUUUGGGAGUCGUGGCGGACCUCGUCGAAACAGAGUGGGCCUAGCCCCGAAAGCUGGCUAGUUGGCAUCUCGGCGGAGCUGCAGCGAAAAUCGAUCUGGAAGGCGGUGUUCUGCAUUGCGUUGACAACUUCGUCCACCAGCACACCACAGCGCCAGCACUUUACGAGGUUGCCAGCCGUUUGGGACUGCAACAUCGAUUGA